CUAGCCUAUGGUAUACUGCAGGUAUAUCUUAUAAGUCUUAUAAGACAAGCGUAAAAUAAGAAGGGGCAGAGGAAUUUUCCGCUUUGAAUUUUACUUGAUACAUGUGUGUUAAACUUAAUUAGAAUUAAGAUUUUAGUAUUAAGUAUUUGUAUAAAAGUAAUAACGAUGCAUCUAAAAGGACCGAAGAAGAAACAAGUUACGGUUAGUUUAUUCGUUAAAUAUGUCAGAAAUCAGGGAGUUCUGACUAAGGCUGGCAACACUAAUUCCCGUAGAGAAUACGCUUUACUUUGAAACUUUGUUUACGGAGAAGCUGCAACAGCGCUGGUUCCCAAGAAGUUUGCAUCCAGUUUAUAGGAAGACAAAAACACGAACCGGCCUCCGUGAACCAUCACGGACUCGACACAUACCACCGGAUUAGACGAGAAAAGAGAAAAGAAAUUCCUCGGACAAGAUGGACGAGAUUCUCUUAAUCAGACUUCGAAUCACCAGUGAAAAAAUUGGUGCUGAAUUGGAAACAAUACCCAGUACGGUUCGGUCAGAAAACAUAGGACAGGCUCAGGUCGUCUAUAACAGACUGCAAGCUGCAGUGAAUAGGCUCAACGCUAAUUUAUCAGAAUACUUUCGUUUAGCUACAACUCCUGCAUCAGAUGAAAUUUUCUUGAUUAGUGGCCAGCAGCUUUUAGCAGAAGAGACUUUAGCAGAACUCAAGGCGAAGAUCGACCAAGUCACCGUAUCCCGUGAGACCCAGGAAAAGCCGCCUGAAGUGAAUUCCUCUUGUCGACUACCGAAACUCCAACUACAGGUUUAUAACGGGGAUGUGCUUUCCUGGUGCGAAUUUUGGGAUAGUUUUAGCAGCAAUAUCGACUCAAGAAACUUACCUGAUGUAGACAAGCUGUCUUAUCUUAAAACUUCAGUGACGGGUGAUGCUAAGAAAGCUAUUGAUGGCCUGCCUACCACUAACGGAAACUAUAAGAUAGCGGUCACUCUACUAAAGGAACGUUUUGGCAAGAAAGCUCAUCUGAUUGAUGCCCACUAUGCUACAUUAUACAAAAUCGAAGCGGCAAAAAGCAGCGCAGAAGAUUGUAGAAGAACUUUCAACGAGGUGGAGCGCAAUCUUAAAAUCCUAGAGUCUCUUGGCGAAAACACCAACCACAACCAUCUUCGUUUCAUGAUUUUGGAGAAAUUUCCUUCGGAUUUAAUAUACGAAAUAAAGUUGAAAAUUCAGAAUGAGUCCACACAAGAACUCCGGGAACAAUUGAAUAAAAUUAUCACUGCAAAGGAAGAUGCAGAGAGAAUUGCUGGAAGGAAACGAUCACAUGAGGUAGAUGACAGCACUGUCGGUACCCUGCAUGUGAACGCAAAGCGUGCGAAGAGAAUGCAUCAUUUCCAACAGGGAAAUAAUACCUCAAAUACUCAACAUUAUCAAGGAAGUACUAAUAGAAAAGGACUAAAUAGAAAAGGAAAAUUUCAAAGGGCCAAUGAACCCAAAAAAGGAAGCAAACCGAGCGUAUCUAAUGUUGCAACAUCUGCUAACAGAUCUGCAACUGUUAACCCAAAGGAAAAAGGGAAAAUCUUAGGUUGUAUAUUCUGCAACGGCAAACACCGCAAUUAUACGUGCCAGGACGCUUCUACUUUAGAGGAAAGAAAGAAGCGGUUGACCGGAAGAUGCUUUAUAUGCUUUAGGAAGAAUCAUCUUGUAAAGGACUGUAAGGAAAACUGGACUUGUAGACUUUGCCCAGGAAAGGAAAGGCACAACAUGGCCUUAUGCCCUUCAAAUUUUCCAAAGGAUCCCAAAACAAAGAAACAGUCUUGACUAUUUCAGAAAGAGGAAUCACCACUCUACAGACAGCUGUUGUUUAUGCUAACCCCUUAAGUGAUAAGAAUAAUGUAUUGUGUAAAUACCGUUUAAUUUUAGACCCAGGGUCUCAACGUUCUUAUGUCACAUUUCAAGCGGCCAAGGAGUUGAAGCUUCCAGUCGAAGAAGAAAGUCUCUUGACAAUUUUCACCUUCGGUGAAGAUCCUCCGAAGGAAAUACAUAGUCCUAUAGUGAUUCUACAGUUAGUAACUAGAACAAAUAAGAAGAUAGUUAUACAAGCUAACUGUGUCCAACGCAUUUCAAGAGGAUUCAUCCCAAAUGUCAAGUUACGGGGCGUACCCGAGUCUUAUGUACUGGCGGAUGAUGGUUCUGUAAGCGGACAGGUGCAGAUUCUAAUCGGAAACGACUACUACUUUAACAUUAUUUAUGAAACUAAGAUACAACUAGAUAGUAACUUGUUUCUAGUGGAUUCUGCCCUUGGAUGGAUAGUCAGUGGCAAGACGGAACCACAGCUUGAAGAGGAAUCAUAUGUAGUGACUUAUGCUCAAACUUGUAUUGAAACGAAGCUUCAUCAACCAGAUUCACCUCUUUGUGAUGGAGACAUUAAAAACCUUUGGGAAUUGGAAUGUAUAGGAAUUUGUGAUUCACCUAAAGCAACAAGAGAAGAAGAAGCUAUUAAAAAUUUUAAUGAAACUACAGUAAAAAUUAACAAUAGAUACACGGUAAGCUGGCCAUGGAUAACUUAUCCGCCUGACUUACCUAAUAACUUUGGAAUCGCCUUUGGGCGUCUGUCAAGUUUACUGAAGCGCAUGGACCAAGAAACCUUAAUGUCAUACGACGAUACAUUUAAACAACAAUUAGCUAAGGGUAUAAUAGAAGUCGUACCCACAUCAGGAACGUCAACUGGUAACGCUAUUCACUACCUACCCUUCCAUGGAGUACGUCAUCGAGGAAAACCUAUGCGAAUCGUGUAUGAUGCUAGUUCCAAGAGUAACAAGAACACCAAGAGUCUGAACGAGUGCUUAUACAGAGGACCACUCAUGCUUGAAGACCUUACAGGGUUACUCAUCAAAUUCAGGACACAUCACAUAGGAUUGACGUCCGACAUAGAAAAGGCGUUUUUACAGAUGGCAUUACACGAGAAGGAUCGUGACGUUACCAGAUUCUUAUGGCUUAAAGAUACCUCUAAACCAGUAUCUCAGGAUAACCUACUUUACCUAAGAUUCUGCAGAGUUCCAUUCGGCGUGAUAUCUUCACCGUUUCUACUGAAUGCGACUAUUAAAGAACAUUUAAAUAAUGCAGAAGAUCAGCAUGUCAGGCAGAAAGCGAAUGACAUAUACGUAGACAACUUUGUUUCAGGCUGUAGUACUACAGCUGAAGCAAUAGAGCUUUACAAAAGUUUAAAAGGAUCUUUUCAAGAUAUUUCAAUGUCACUCAGGGAUUGGAGUUCUAACUCCGAAGAAUUCAUGAAGAUGGUCCCUGAUACAUGUAAAGAAAACAAGAUAAAAGUACUUGGCUUAGAGUGGGACAUAAAAAAGGACACCCUCCAGCUGAAGCCCAACCUCCAAGAGGAAGCAGUCACAAAAAGAGGAAUACUGAAGACUAUCGCAUCAAUUUAUGACCCGUGCGGUUACGCGGCACCUCAUACAUUAUCAGCUAAACUUUUUCUGCAAGGACUUUGGAAGGCCGGAGUAUCUUGGGACUCACCAUUAUCAAGCGAGCUAACAGAAGAGUGGAACAUCAUCCGACAGAACCUAGAAGUCAUAGGAAAGGUAUCGGUGGAUAGAUGUUACAUGAAGACACCAACGGAAGCGAAUUACCAACUGCACUGCUUCACAGAUGCUUCACUACAAGCCUACGCAGCAUCGGUGUUUCUAGUCUGUGGCUCGAAGAAAAGCUUUAUCAUGGGUAAAUCCCGUCUGAUACCAACCAAGGAUCAAGAUAACCUCAAGAUACCCCGUCUAGAACUUCUGGGAGUACUGAUAGGCUGUAGACUGAUGAAGUUCGUCCUUAAGUUUCUGCAACAGAAAAUAGUAAGACAAGUCUUAUGGACCGAUAGUCAGAUUGUCAUCGAAUGGUGUAAGUCUAACAAACUACUUCCUCCCUUCGUUGCCAGACGAGUAGAAGAAAUCAAGACAAACAAAGACCUGGAGAUAAGAUAUCUACCAUCAAGCUUGAACCCAGCAGAUGUAGGCACAAGACCCCUUCGUGCAGAGGAGGAUAAGGAGAAAUGGCUGAAUGGUCCGCAGUUUAUAACAGAAGAUCCACAGAAAUGGCCAACCACAUCCGGCAGUGAGCCAACCAGUUCUCUUCUGACAGGGGAGGGUCUUGGGUUCCAAGAAGACAUAGAGAUGGUCGAUAAAGAAGAUCCAGUUGUUAAUGUCAACCCGAUGAAAACGGAGGAAAUUAUAACACCAAAUGAAGUGAUAGGAAAUAAUCAGUCAACAGACGACAAGCUUCAUAAAUUAAAAGAAAUUCAAGCUAAAUAUUUUCCUCUAGAGGUAGAAGGAAAAGAAACCAAUCUAAGUCGAAACUUAGGAGUAUUCAAGGACAUUGAUGACCUAUUGAGAUGCAAAGGUCGUAUGAAAAACGCAAACUGGUCGUUCGACAAACGAUACCCUAUACUCAUACCAAAAGAGUCAGAUUUCACGAAGGAAAUUAUAAUGAAAACUCAUCAAGAGAACAAACAUGUAGGUGUCAGCCACACGCUUGAUAAAAUAAGAGAAAUGUAUUGGAUUCCUCAAGGAAGAAGUAAAGUCCAACGGAUAUUAAAGGGAUGCCCUGAAUGUAUGAAACAUGAUGGAGGACCUUAUAGACUACCAGAAACCCCUGCUCUUCCUAAAGAGAGAGUCAAUUACAGCUCUCCUUUUACGUACGUUGGAACAGACUACCUGGGACCACUUCUAGUUAACAACGGGAAUGGCAGUUGUAAAAGAUGGAUUAGCCUUUAUACAUGUUUAGCGGUAAGAGCCAUUCACCUGGAAGUGGUAAAGGAUCUAACAGCGGAAGAAGGUCUUCUGGCCUUAAAAAGGAUGAUAUCAGCGAGAGGCGUGCCUACCUUAAUUACAUCUGACAACGCAGCUCAUUACAAGUUACUUUCUGAAAUUCUUCAAGACCCAUAUUGCAUAGAAAAGGAGAUUAAAUGGAAAUUCAUACCGCAAUUAGCCCCAUGGCAUGGAGGAUUUUACGAAAGGUUGAUUGGCUUAACCAAGAAUUGUAUGAAGAAAACCUUACAAAAACACUUAUUGAAUGACAGCCAGCUGGCAACAACAGUUAAGGAAAUAGAAGCAGUACUUAACACAAGACCUUUAACCUACGUGGAUUCAGAACCUGACCACGUAUUAAAACCCUCAGACUUUCUUACCAUGGGAAAAUGUAUCGUAAUGGAAACGUCGAGCAUGGAUCCUAUUACGUCACAUGGGACAGUAACCAAAGACAAUCUAAUUAAAGGUUGGAAGAAAGCGCUCAUCAUUCUACGAGAAUUCAAAGAGAUGUUUGAGAACAGGUAUCUCCUAAAUUUGAGAGAAAGAUACUCCCAUCAUCCUAAGGAGCCUAGAGUGACUUCAAAAUUAACGCCAAAAAUAGGUCAGAUAGUGCAAAUAAAAGGCGACACGAAGAAUAGGAUCAAUUGGAAAGUUGGGAAAAUAGUAUCUUUAAAGGAAGGCGCCGAUGGUUUAUGUAGAGUAGCCACGGUCCAAGUAGGAGAUACAAUAUAUACAAGAUCUAUCGCGCAUCUCUACCCGUUAGAGAUCGAAGAUGGAGAGGAACAGUGUAAACAAACGUCACAUGAAGAAAGCGUAGAAGAAUCUGUACAGGUUCCUGACGUCCCACAUCCAACAAGAAGGGACGACGUGAUGAAAGAAUCCACUAACGACGUUCUUAAGACUUCUGAGCAGAAAUCUUAUCAAUUAACAGAAUUAAACGAGUCAGAAGAAAUACCGUCUGAUUCAGUCUUAUUAGAGCCUGCAUCUAGUCAGUUACACGAGCCUGAGCCUAAGUCCAUACCCGAACCAGACCCACUCGCAGUCAAAGACAUGACGUUCUGCGAGAACACUGAUCCUGAAACGCACCACCUAGAGAACAUCGCGUCGGCUGAACAUCACGACGAGUCCAGACCUAAGAGAGCAGCGGCGCUUCGUGCUCUUGAGAAGAUUAAGGAGUGGACCAGCAACUUAGUCGCAGUUUUGCUGCCUGUAGUGGGGAGUGUCGCGACCAACGCGAAACUAUAGAGCCCCAAGAAUAUUCCCCUGCGGCAACACUGGCGGCGCCCUCUGGGUGGAGCCAUAAUCACGGAGUGACAAUCAGCCGCCGUAACAUAAAAGCAAGCGAAGCAGAUCAGAGGCUCACCUGGCCCCGAGAAGGUUGGGACAGCGUGAGCGUGGAUGAGGAAUCAUCUAUAGAAAUGUCAGGUAUGUAUACCAUGCAUUCUGUUUGGUGGUCAGUAUAUAUAUUGACCACACACACACAAAUAAGUUGCCAUCCUUCUCCUUUACGGACUCGUAAAUGUACCGUAGGCGGCUAGGAGAGGGGUGGCGACAA